ACCAAUCGCAAGUGCCUCCCUGCACAUUGGAGUUAUGUCAAUGUUUUGAAUUACUUACAUAUUACGUAAACCCAAGAACUGAGAAAACAAAACAUGUUGACAAUGUUUGAGAUGAUUAAUAGGAUCAUUUUAUAGAUUGAAGUGAACCUUUGACACUUUUAUCCAUUUUCUUAGGUUAAAAACAACACUUGGUUCUUCAAGAAGUCAAGAUGGCAUCUAGUGUUACAGCUCAAUCAGACUUGGAGAAGGUUAGUGUGGAUCAUCUGGAAUGCUCCAUCUGCACCAACCGUUUCAGGCAGCCCAAACUGCUGGACUGUUUGCAUAGUUUUUGCCUACAAUGCCUCCACGACCUCAGACAGAGCCAAGAUCCUAGUGGUACAAAGCUGACAUGUCCUCUGUGCACACAUGAAACCAUGUUGAAAGGGUCUGGGGUUGCUGAUCUCCCUAAUAACUUUGCAUUCAGUGCCCUGGUGGAGGAAGUUACAAUGCAGGAAAAGCUACUGGAAGGUCAAGGGUCAAAAAUUAAAUGUCAAAACUGUGAUGAGGAGAAUCAGGCAGUUUCGAGAUGCAUGGACUGUGAUAAUUUCCUGUGUGAAGAAUGUCAAAAGGCACAUGCACGUAUGGCUGUCAUGAAAUCUCAUAAAAUCUAUACACUGGCUCAAUUUCAAUCAGGAGAGAUUGUCUACAAGAGUAAACUAAGAGAAGAAGUUCCCAAAUGUGGCAAGCAUCCAGAUCAGAAUCUCAAUGUCUACUGCAACACAUGCCAGCAAGUCAUAUGCACAACUUGCUCUGUGCUUGAUCAUGCAAAACACACACUCACUGGAUUACCUGAGGCAGUAGAAAAAUGUGAGAAGAAGGUCACAGAAAUGGUCCGAAAAAGUGAGAGAAGAAAAACAGAAUUGGGCACCACCAUAGAAGACACAUGCAAAUCUUGCAAAGAGCUGGAAACCAUGUUUGCCAAAACUCAAAAGAAAAUCUCCAAAAAGGCUCAACAGAAGAUUACAAAGCUCCAACAGGAGAUUACAAAGCUCAAACAGGAGGUUGCAAAGAUCCAAAAGGAGAUAACAAAGAUCCAAAAGGAAGAAAAGAAACUGUUAAAAGAGACAGACAUGAUUUAUAAAGACAAACUCAAAGCUUUUGAAGCUGUUCAAGCAACCAACAGGAAAGAGGUGACACAGACAGAGCACAAGCUGGAGGAGGUCAAACAACUCAUGAAUCAAGCAAGUUGCUACGAGAUUCUUGAACUUCAGCAGAAGCUCUUGCAUAACCUCAGUGAAUUGACAGGGAAACAGCCACAGCAAGUUCCUGACAAGUUGACCUUCAUGGAUUUUGAAGAAGGUGAGAGGUCACUUGGGAGACUCAUUCUGAAAGAAGAGCCAAAGGCUGCAGCAAAGCAAUCACCAAGACCUGCAAGAUCAUGUGUUAAGGAGAAAUGGAAAUUGAAGACUGAAUUCAAAAAAAUUGGAUUGAUAAUUGAUUCAAUAUUUUCAUGUAAAUUGCUUGUUUCAGCUCUCUCCAACAAUGAAAUACUUGCACUCCGUAGAUUUUUUGGAAUCAGUGCACUAUUCACAGUUUCAAUGCCCAAUGGUCAACAUACACCAUCUCCUAUCCCACAAAGGCUACAAAUCAGUGGCCUCACUGAUGAUGUAAGGUGUAUUGCAGUGAGCAGGGAUGACAAGCUCCUUGCUGUAGAUGGUCAAGUAGUCAAGGUCUUCAACAAGCAACAUCAGCUCCUCCAUCAGUUCACACCAGGUAGAGGGUCAGACAGCCAACCAACAUGCCUUGCAGUGGAUGACAGCAAUCUGAUAGCAGUGGGUUAUAAAGAAAAGAAGGAGAUAUCUCUACACAACCCAGAUGGAUCCCUCAUCAGGAGACUGCCUGCUCCAAUGAUUGGAGGUUAUCUGACAAUGUACAAUCACCGCCUUAUCUACACAAACUAUGGCAAGAAAAGGUUGGUAUGUGUAGACUACUAUGGUGCCAGUGUAUUCUCAGUAGACAUGACCAGCAACAUACAGGGGGGUAAUUGGCACCCUGAUGGUGUGUGCUGUGACAGUGAUGGCAGCAUCUAUGUUGUUGUGUAUGGAUAUCCAACAGGUGACAUUCUGCAUUACAGUCCUGAUGGCAAGUACAUUGGAUGGGUGAUCAAGGGAUGUGAUGAUCCACGUGGCAUGACAUUUACAUCAGGUGGUGAGCUGGUAGUGGCUGCAGGAGAUUCUGUACAGGUCUAUCACCGAGUGUAAGGACAGAUUAGUUCAACUGGGGCUAUCCAGGUAUCCACCAACCACUUCCAUCAGACAUCGAGCAUUGUUAUCACUGACAAAGAACUUUAAAGUUCAUUCCCUAAACAACAUUCUACAAUACUGUAUAUUUGGUUUAUUGCUAAGGUCUUUGGUCUCUGUAUGUGUUGACUCUCAUACCUCAACCACUUCCCCUUUGGACAAUCUUGGACUUCAACACCCAGCCUACUUCCUAUGAAAUCCUAGAUCUGGUGGCCCAAUAAUGAGAGCAAACGAAUGAACCUUCACUAUGUUUUCAAAUAGGGAUGAGUGCACAUUUUAAAAAUAUAACAAACGAGAGGCAAAGUAUUACCACAAGAGGCAAUUCAAUUUUCUCAGAUUCAUCUCAGCAAAUACAAAGUAAAUGUAUGAUGUGUUUUCCAAGUAUAAGAUAUAACCCUGCUACUGCGUAAAAUGUAAACAUUAUUUAAAUUUUGUUAUUCGAUUCUUCAAUUACAUUGGGAAAAUUGUUGAGUUUAAAUUAAUGCAACUUACUUUUGAAUGAGACAGAUUUUCCAACUCCGCGUACAAAAACCAGAAUAAAUACUCAAAAGCAACUGAAUGAAAUGUGUGUGAUUUUGAACUAUAAGCGAGAGUUGAAUAGUAAGUUACAUGCAAUCCCUUGGUUGUCUCUUUCACAGUGCUUUCUGAGUGUCUCAUCAAAUUGAUAUUAGUUUCAUUACAUUGACAACCAAGUUGGAAAUGAAAACCUUGUGCAUUCUACUGAAAUGAUACAUGGAUGUUUGUAAAUGUGGUUAGUAUGAUGGAUGUACAUUUGUAAACUGAAUUUUAUUCUCUUUUUUCGCCCUUCUUAAAUGUGAUUUUUUUAAAUACUACAAUAUAAGAUGCAUUUGGAACAUUACACUCAGACACGAAUACAUGUACAAUCAAAACAUCAUUAACCAAUAUAUUGGAUUUGCCGCAGCCUGAAUGUGUUUAUUAAAUCUUCAUGCCAAAUCAAAGCAUGUUUUGUUUUCCGUUUUACCAUAC